AUUUAUGUAGAUUAACAUAGGGCAGAAUUUGUCGUGUGAAGACAACAAAAAUGACUUGCCAUCCACAACCCUAAACCAACCCCCUCUCCCUUCAUUUUCUUAUAUAUCUUCUUCAUCACUUCUCUAUACCGUGCUUGAUGUUCAAGACUUGUUGCAUCAAAACCAUAUCUAUACCAUCCAGCCUCUCCAGCUAGCUACCACUAUCUUAAUAUCCACAUACUUUCUAUGGAUGAUUCUUCUUCAGCUGCUGAAGACACAAAGACUUGUCCACGUGGUCACUGGAGACCAGCUGAAGAUGAAAAGCUUCGACAACUUGUUGAACAAUAUGGUGCCCAAAAUUGGAAUUCAAUUGCUGAAAAACUCCAAGGAAGAUCAGGGAAAAGUUGUAGGUUGAGGUGGUUCAAUCAACUAGACCCAAGAAUUAACAGAAGACCAUUCACAGAAGAGGAAGAAGAGAGAUUACUUGCAGCUCGUCGUAUUCAUGGUAACAAAUGGGCACUUAUAGCAAGACUUUUCCCUGGUAGAACUGAUAAUGCUGUCAAGAAUCAUUGGCAUGUUAUUAUGGCAAGAAAACAAAGGGAACAAUCCAAGUUAUUAUGUGGUAAAAGAAGUUUCCAACAUCUUUAUAAUAAUAAUAAUAUUGAUGAUCAUAACACCUCUCAACAACAACAAAAUCUAUUAUUCAGCUCAAGAAUUGGAUAUGACAAUGGAAGGUUCUAUGAUAAAGAUCAUAGGAUAGUUAAUAAUAUUAAUAUUGUUGAUACUCCUUCUAGUUCUCUUGCUUCUUGGAAUUUUGCUUCUGUUCCAACAACAUUAAACAGUUCCAAAGGUUCAGAUAGAUUUCUCUAUAGAAUUUGUCCAAAUCCAACAUUUUCAUCACUUCCAAACUACAAAAGGGUUGUUACAAAUCCUUUUGGUUUUUUUGGUUCUUCUGAUCAUGAUGGAAAGAUAAAGAAGGAUUUAAUGACAUCAACAUUAAUCACAAACUUAAGAUCUUCCAAGGAGAAGGAGCAAGAUCAUCAUCAUGAGGCUAAUAUUAAUGAGCACAAAGAAGAAGUUCCUUUCAUUGAUUUUCUUGGUGUUGGUGUCUCUUCAUCAUAAUAUAAAGUAUUUAAAUAUAUUUAACUUCGUGUAAUUCAUAUUUAUAGUUUAUUUAGCUUUAUAGUUAGAAAAUAGCAAAUUUUAGUUUCAGACGCAAGGAUGAUGCCUCAUUUCUAAGGUUAGGAUUUUAGAGUGAAAAUUUUACAAUUAUUUUUGUGUUUUAACUUUAUUUUUUUCUUGUCACUUAUUGAGGGAUAAAUCUUUAUUAAGUGUGGAUCAAAUGAAGAGUAUAUAUGUCUCUAUCAUUCUCUAGUGUGAGGAACACAUUUGCUGCGCGCGUGUGGCUUUGGAGCAUUCAAUGAAUAUUUAAGGUAUCUAUUGAGAAUUUGCACAUAUUCACUGAAAUUUCUUUUUUCUAUGUUAUAGCAACUUUGAUUCUAUAAGAUCUCACUAAUUAAGAACAAAAGUGGUAGCAGAUACAGCUAUCUUUCAUGUGAUAGUAGCUUUUAUUACUAAUUGCGUGCUUGUAGACUUGCUUCUUGUUGUAGUUAUAUAUAUAACUUCUUAAUGGAAUGAAUGCACAAGAGUACAUGAGAUUA